UUGUUGACCUCACGUGGCAUCUGUCAGAUAUCAUAACUUUUGUAACUUUUAGACAUCUUCAAUGAUUUUCUGCCAUUUUUAACGAUGAUCAAACUGUUGAGGUAUUUGAGGCGUACUUCUACAACAUCUCAAUGCUACACAACAUCUGCAGCUUCCCCUGAGUUUCUUGAUAUUCCUCACCUGCCAGAUUCAUUCCUUCAUCAUUUGGAGCAGGUCAAAGGAAAACUCUGUAGAGGUUUACCAAUUGUCCACCACCAUGGCUAUGUAUGCGACUUCCCAGCCAAGCACAGAUUUGCUAUGAAGAAAUUCCAUGGCGUGUUCAGGUAUCUUCGACAAGACAAUGUAAUCUCAUCUCAACAGGUCUUGACACCUCAUCCCGUGACAGAGGAUGUCUGCAGCUUGGUCCACUCGAGGGAAUAUAUCUCAAGAUUAUUCAGUGGGAACCUUGAUGCCAAAGAAAUUAGAAAAGGCGGCUUCCCCUGGUCAGAAGGAAUAGUCAGCAGAUGCAGAUUGGAAACUGGUGGUACAAUCCUGGCUGCUGAAGUUGCCCUCGAGACCGGCUUGGCCUCCAGCACUGGUGGAGGGACACACCAUGCCUUCCCUGACCACGGUUCUGGAUUCUGCAUGAUCAAUGACUUGGCCAUCACAGCUCAAUAUCUACUCAACAGGAAAAAAGUUGGGAGGGUGCUCAUUGUUGAUCUAGAUGUUCACCAGGGGGAUGGGACAGCAUUUAUUUUUCAGAAUGACCCACGUGUCUUUACAUUUUCCAUGCAUUGCCAAAAGAAUUUCCCAUUUAUGAAACAGAAGAGUAAUCUGGACAUUGGUCUCGAGAAUCACACUAAGGAUGACGAAUACAUACGCAUCCUCUCCGACCACCUCCCAGCUCUGCUGGACUCGUUCCGCCCAGAUGUCAUCGACGCUGGGGUCGAUCCGCAUGUUAGAGACGAAUUGGGAAAACUCGAUCUCACAGAUAGAGGUUUAUACGACCGGGACAGCUAUGUGAUUGAGCUUUGCCUGAGGAAGGGCGUCCCAUGUGUGACCGUCAUCGGUGGCGGUUAUUGCCAUGAUCAUAACGAGCUCUCAAGGAGGCAUUCGAUUGUCCAUAGAGUGGCUUCAAAGAUUUGGUGCGAGAAUCAAAUGUUCGUCUCAUGAUGAUAUUGCGAGGUCUUGACCUAGAUAAAGACCGAACGUGUAUGCUUAAGGGAAUUUGUCAGGUGCAGUAGUCAACCCGCAGCUGCAAUCAGUCCUACGUGUUAGUCUUCCACAACCUGGUCUUGUCACUUAUCAUGAGCACAUCGCAGGCAAUGGAGUUGUCUUGCUGUAUGGAUGGGUCCAGGUCCAGCCAGUAGCUAUAUCAUGAGACUUGAAAUUUGGUUGAACUCUCAACAAUCUCUCUCAGGGAAAUUAUAAAAUUGACAUUCAUUAUAUAAGAUUUAGAUUGUUAUGUGGACAUUCAUCUUACAGCAUUCAAUAGAUGUCACAUUUUUCGAGAGGUCUGUCUGUAUGAAUUUCAUAUCUCACAUGUAUUGAAGACAAUUGACAACAAACACUUUUGUGUACAUCUUAACAGUGCAUCAUACUGUGCACGCAGGUGUAUUGCAUGUUUGUAAUUCCCUGACUUUUUAAUGUGGUCUAUUGAAGCUAACAAUCAGUUGUUUUUAUUGUGUUCAUAGAUUUCUGUGUGAAAAGUGCUGUGAUAUGAUUAUAUACAAAUAAAGAAGGAAAAAAUUGUG